AUGGUCUGGCGCACCAGCUUCGUCACAAUGUCCACCAGCUUCCUCCUGGGCACAACAUUCACCCACUGGAUUGCUGACCACAACGUCCUCUGGAAGACACCCGUCACCGAAGAAGCCAUUCACAAGUCGAUCACAUACUACUCGCUGCUCUCCAGCUCCUCAAGGGGCCUCGGCUGGGCAUAUAUCCUCGUCGGCAUCAUCCUCGUCCUCAGCAUCGGCGGGAGGUCAUACAAGGGAUACCACCGAAAGGGUGGAGAGGUCCUCUUUGACGGAGGCAGCCUCGUGCUCAUCGCAAGCAUCAUCUACUACCAGAUCAACGAGGUCCUCCCAGCAAUCGCCCUCAUGCCCAACCCCCUGCCCAAAGACCUCUCAAGUCACCCCACCUACCCUGCCCUCCAUACUGCCGUAAGGGACCUCGCUACGAGCAAUAUCAUGGCUGCGGUCAUGCUUACGGGCCUCAUCACCCUUCAGGCUGGACGCUACUACUCUCAGCGACCCUCGUCUCCCCCACAAACCGUCGACAGCACGACUCGUUCGGCCGGCGCUUCAUCUCUGUCGACCCCCGAGACUCGCCCUGCGCUUGUUUCCAAUCGCUCGGGCACGCCCUUCCGCGAGUUGACCGAGGAGGAGGCAUUCGAGCUGAACGCGAGUAGUGGAGACGACUCUCGCCCUCCUUCUCGUAGGUAG